GCGGAGGACAGAGGCUGGGAGACUGUAAACAGGGAAGCAAUGCAGAAGCAAGGCAGCCAUAGGAAAGUGUGCAGGAUGGUAAGGUGCACAGCCUGCAGGACAGCCUCAUAGAUACUGCACAGGGUUUCAACUUGAAACAGUUCAAAAUCAACCUAGCCACAAGGGGACAUCAAGGCUAGUUAAUGUAUCAUCUUUAACUACAAUAUCAGCAAAGAAUGGAGGCUCUGGAAGUAGACGACAUCAGUCCAGCACUUGAGGUCACUGAAGACCUCUUCAAUUCAUUUGAUAAUCUAGAGCACGUGAGUCAUCAGUCUGAAGUCUUUGGCAUUCAUGAAGUUCCAGAACUCUUGGGAAAUGACAUAUCUGAUAGAAUAAAGCUGCAUGUUGAUGGUCAAAAUGCCAAUAAUUCUCAACGUAGCAUCAUUUGGGAGAGAUGCAAAAGUAGCCUCUUUGAUGCCAAAGCAAAGAAUGGUAUUCAUGCCAAAGAACAUUUUUCAUCAACCAGAAGAACAUUUCCGGAUGUGCCCUCUUUGGCUGGUGAAGGAAAAGACUCUUCCUCAAUUAAGUUUUUUACACCUUGUCAUCAUAGACGUGACAGGCCUCGCUCAGUUAAUGACACGGUAGUCCUUAAUGAAGAGACUCCUAAAUUUAAACCAGGACACAACAGAUCUCGGUCUGAUGUCAGUCAUGUAGACUGGAAUAAUGUCCGCAAACCUGCUCCGUUGCAGCGGUCAUCAAGCCAAGGGGUUCACUUCGCCAGAGAUAUUGAAGGAAAUACCGAGCAUAUGUUGCCAAAUAUUCUCAAGAAAGGAUUCCUGGAAACAAGGAAAACUCACGAAAGCUUCUGGAAGAGUAGCUAUGCUGAGAUAAGCCAAUAUAAACUUCACAUCUACAGUACGGACAGCAGUGGAAACCACAAUGCUGUUACUGCUUAUCCUCUUGCUCACAUUGAAAGCAUCACAUUAACUGGAAGCCAUGAGACCAAAAUGGUUGAUGUCUUAAUGUCAGACAACAGCCAGUUGCAAUUGAAAGCAGAUUCUGCGUGGGAGGCACUGGACUGGGGGCAAAAAUUAUGGGAGGGCGUACGUGCUUUGACUUUCAUUCCAGAUUACAUGAGACCUCAGAAUGAUGUCAUAACAAGAUCAAACACCACAAGUGACAAUAAUAGUGACUUUCUGGAAACUCACAGCUUGUCAAAUACGUCUAAUCAACUUUCGAGGACAAUUAACUUGACCAAUGGGUAUCAAAAAAAUAUUUUGAAAACAGGGACUUUAUAUCGAUUAACAUUGCAAAAUAAUUGGAAAGCCUUCACAUUCGUUCUCACCAGUUCACACUUUACAGCUUUUCAGCCAAGUUGUCUGGAUGAAGACCCAUUGCUUAGUUACAACGUUGAUACAUGUGUGUCUGUGCAGAUGGACAAUCUUGACGGUUAUGAUUCUUGUUUCCAAGUAAUUUUUCCUCAAGAUGUUCUUCGUCUUCGGACGGAAACUCGCCAGAGGGUGCAGGAAUGGAUGGAUGCUAUUAUAUCUGCUGCUAAUGUUGCUAGGAAGCCCGAUCAGAAUAUACUAGUGCCUCUUAGGAGCAAAUCCAAAGGACAACUAUCUUUAAGGGAGCUGCAGAAGAGCAAGCGCCAGUCUGUCACCACAAGUUUUCUUGGAAUCCUGACAACAUUGGCCUUAGAAAGGGGGCUUACAGCUCAGAGCUUCAAGUGUGCAGGGUGCCAGAGGCCAAUUGGACUUUCCAACGAAAAGGCCAAGGUGUGCAGUUACAGCGGGUGGUAUUAUUGUAGCUCAUGCCAUAUUGAUGAUGGUUUCAUUAUACCUGCACGGCUUGUUCACAACUGGGACACAUCGAAACACAAGGUAUCCAAACAGGCAAAAGAGUUCUUGGAGUAUGUGUAUGAAGAGCCAUUGAUUGACGUGCAGCAGGAGAACCCAUUACUCUACCGGCAUGUGGAUGCAUUAGCACAAGUUGUACGUCUGAGGCAGCAGCUAAAGUCACUUCGAGCCUAUCUUUUCAGCUGUCGUGCGGUAGUUGCAGAGGAUCUGCGUAGGAGAAUUUUCCCCCGUGAAUAUCUUUUUCAGCAAAUUCACCUAUACUCCCUCGCAGACCUGCAGCAGGUAGUUGAAGGCAAGUUGUCUCCUUUUCUAACAAAAGUGAUCAAGUUUGCUACAUCGCAUGUCUACAGCUGCAGCCUUUGUAGUCAGAAGGGCUUCAUCUGUGAGAUCUGUAACAACGGAGAGAUCCUGUAUCCCUUUGAGGAAAACUCCACAAGCAGGUGUGAAAAACUGUGCCGCUGUGUUCCACAGUUGAGUGCAAAGUGAAAACUGUCCAAUGUCCCCGAUGCGUGCGUAAGGAACUGCAAAAGAAACAGAAAUCUUUUUGGAAACGGCCUCUGAAUGUGGAUGACAGCUGGGACGAGUCCUGUAGUAUGUUUUGAGCUGUCCUACCAGGGCACAUGACCACAGACUGAGUACAGCUUCAAACCAUUGCACUCUCUUUCUUUCCCUGGUUGCUGCGGAAUAAGUCAGUUGUCCCUAUUAGAGAUCCUUUCUAAAGUGAUAGUUGGUACCAUACUAACCUGUCAUAGAAGUCUUCAACUAACAUUUGUAUUAGCAUUGUCAUUAUAUUAGUGUCAUUAGCCAUCUAUUUUAUACCAAAUUAACUAAAGACAUCUCCUAUCUACUGCAUGCACAUGCCUUAUGUAUAAAUUAGAAAUGGCAGAGAAAUUAUUUAUAAUACGAGGUUUACUGAUCAGAUUGUAAUUACUUAAAAAAAA